GGAACGUGGGGAUCGUCGAAUCGGACGCGAGCAACAUGAGGUGGCUGAAGCCAAGUCAGUGAAGCUAUCCCCAGCAGAGCUCCCUCCAUGUCGUCUGGAUAUAUUUCGAGCUCUACCUGGCGCCAGAAUGGCUUGAUGAGCUUUUUGGAUUCACGGCAUUUAUAAAGAAUGUAUCCCUGCCUAUCUUGCAGGUUCAAGCAACACCGCUCCUUUGUCACGACAAGUUCAACCACCAGGCUCUUCCUCAGCAUUAAGCUUCCCACGAAAUCAACAUCAUCACAGGUGUUAUCGUCAGUUUGGUCCACGUUUCGAAGUCUCGCAUAGGGCAUUAUGGACCUCAAGGUCACGACCUCAGCAGCUCGUCUGUCUUGGACACCACUGCCAACAUGAACGGCACCGAACCCCUGAUCACCUCACACCCCCAGUACAGAGUGCCGACCUGUAGCGAGCUUGCCGCAGCCAGCACGAUAUGGGGUAUAACACUCGGCUUCAGUGCAUUUGGCGUCAUCCGCGCCGUCACCCAGACAUUCCAUCACUGGCGGAGGGUGCGUCGUGCGACGGCCUACGUGAUACUCAUAUGGACGGAACUCAUCGCCAGCACUGUCAUUGCCGGGCUUGCCUGGGGCUAUGUGAGGCAGAGCAUACGGCCAAACUUUGCAUUCUUCACGGUACUAAUCUUGCUCUGGUGUCUGCAGAUCCACGCCAUCUUGCAGAUCAUCCUCACUCGCCUCAAGUUGAUCGCGGACGACAAGUCCUUGAUCCUUCAUCUCCAAUGGGCUGUCUUCAUCAUCGUCCUCGCCAUCAACAUCAGUGUGGCCUGUCUCUGGGUCCCUGCGUGGUUGCAUCGCAGUCAGCGGUAUAUUCACAUCAACGAAAUCUGGGCUCGCGUCGAGAAAAGCCUCUUUGCCCUCAUAGAUCUGUUUCUCAAUGGCUAUUUCGUGUACCUGGUCUAUUCGACUCUUGUGUCAUAUGGUUUGACCAAGUACGAGCGAUUGUACAGGAUCAACGUAUGCAUGAUCAUCGCAUCAAUCUCCGUGGAUAUCCUCAUAAUUAGCAUGAUGUCCCUUCGCAACCCUUUUCUCUACGUCUGCUUCCACCCCCUGGCCUACCUCGUCAAGCUCCACAUUGAAAUGUCAAUGUCCGAUCUCAUCGCCAAGACUGUCAAAGCAUCGAGGGAUCCGAGCAACUGCCGCCGUUGCAGCGACCUAUCUCUCUACAACGUCUCGGAAAGUACGCAGGGCUGGAUGGCGGCGACAUCUCAGCGCCUUGGCCGAGUCGGACCGUCGAGGUGGGCGACCACAGGAAGAGGGGCCAAGGAUCAGGAGCGCGCUGACGCACUUGACACCCCUGAUACGAUUCAGCAACCAAAAGGAGCCGUGAAGAAUGUUAGAUUCUGGCGCCAUGAGCCACAUCUUCUGCCGCCUGGCACCAGGAGCCCCCGUGACACGACCAACGGGGACGAUCCGGAGCUAGCCAUGGACUCAUCAGAAUCCUCAGCUGGGAGGAGUGAUUUGGAGGCGUGGCGGAGACCUAUAAUCAUUAGUUCAAGUUGUGGCGGCCAUGGCUGCAUUUUCUGAACAGUGGGCCGUGCCGACUCAAGAAAUCGGGAGGUUUCCAUGAAAUGCACAGAUGUAUUCGGCCAGGGCGCGUGGGAAAUGUAAAUUGCUUAGAAUUUGCAAGUACC